UCGAUUGGAAUGUGACCCUAAAUGCUCUUAGUCACUCAGUUGGUCACACUCAAACACCACAAAAAAUUCAUCUGGCAGAAAAGUGAAAAAGAGAAAAUUAAGGGGUUUAUCAAGUGUACCCAGCAAAAUUAGUUUUAAUUCACACCCAACACUAUUGAAGCAUCUCACAUAAACUGCAUCAAAAUGACGUGGGAACCCCAGGCAGAAGGUCUUCAGCAGAUCAUUGGGAUCUUAAAAGAAUCUCAGUCACCAGACACAGCGACUCAAAUGGCAGUCCAAAUGAAACUGGAGGAAUUCAACCGUUAUCCAGACUUCAACAAUUAUUUGAUCUAUGUGCUGACCAAAUUAAAAACGGAAGAUGAACCCACACGUUCGCUGAGCGGCUUAAUACUAAAGAACAACAUACGCAUGCAUGGCAGCAACCUGCAGCCAGAGAUUGUUGAAUACAUUAAACACGAAUGCCUUCAAGCUGUGGGCGAUGCAUCACCUCUGAUACGCGCCACCGUCGGUAUUCUGAUCACCACAAUUGCCAGCAAUGGAGGUCUGCAAAAUUGGCCACAGUUGUUGCCAUCGCUGUGCGACAUGCUUGAUAACCAGGACUACAAUGUGUGCGAGGGAGCAUUCAGUGCUUUGCAAAAGAUCUGCGAGGAUUCAGCUGAAAUCUUAGACUCGGCUGCUCUCAACAGGCCACUGAACGUGAUGAUACCCAAGUUCUUGCAGUACUUCAAACAUAGCAGCCCCAAGAUACGCUCUCACGCAAUUGCAUGCAUUAAUCAGUUCAUCAUUAAUCGAUCCCAGGCGCUAAUGCUACACAUUGAUGCGUUUAUUGAAAAUCUGUUCAAUCUGUCGUCUGAUGAAGAUCAUGAAGUGCGCAAGAAUGUCUGCCAUGGCCUAGUCAUGCUGCUUGAAGUUCGAAUGGACAGACUAAUGCCCCACAUGUCGCAGAUCAUUGAGUAUAUGCUGCUGCGCACACAGGACUCCGAUGAGGGCGUAGCCCUGGAGGCGUCCGAGUUUUGGCUGUCGCUGGCGGAGCAAAGUAUUUGCAAGGAUGUGCUAGCACCGUAUUUGGCCCAGCUGGCGCCUGUGUUGGUGCGUGGCAUGAGAUACUCUGAGAUCGAUAUUAUUCUGCUUAAGGGAAAUGUAGAGGAGGAUGAUAUGGUGCCGGAUCGCGAGGAGGACAUACGUCCACGCUUCCACAAAUCACGCACACACACCAUCAAAAGCGGUGAGGUUAGCCAGGCGUCCGGUGGUGAGGAGGAUGAAGAUGAAUUCGAUGAUGGCUUGGACGAUGAUAGCUCGCUAUCUGAAUGGAAUUUGCGCAAGUGCAGCGCUGCCGCCCUUGAUGUAUUGGCGAAUGUAUUUCGCGAGGAUUGUCUGCCCAUUGUUCUUCCUAUUUUAAAGGACACACUGUUCCAUCAAGAAUGGGUUAUCAAGGAGAGUGGCGUGUUGGCACUCGGCGCCAUUGCCGAGGGCUGCAUGCAGGGUAUGAUUCAACAUCUGCCUGAAUUGAUACCAUAUCUGAUUAGCUGCUUGUCCGACAAAAAAGCGCUGGUGCGCUCCAUCACCUGUUGGACUCUCUCGCGCUACGCUAACUGGGUUGUCAAUCAGCCGCAUGAUCAAUACCUAAAACCGCUAAUGGAGGAGCUGCUCAAGCGUAUCCUGGAUUCAAAUAAGCGUGUGCAGGAGGCCGCCUGCUCGGCUUUUGCCACGCUCGAGGAGGAAGCUUGCACCGAACUAGUUCCAUAUUUGGAAUAUAUACUAAAAACACUCGUUUUCGCCUUUUCCAAGUAUCAGCACAAGAAUCUAUUGAUCUUGUAUGAUGCUGUUGGCACCUUGGCUGACUCUGUGGGUCACCAUCUAAACAAGCCACAAUAUAUUGAUAUAUUAAUGCCGCCACUAAUUGACAAAUGGAACUUGCUGAAAGACGAUGACAAGGAUCUGUUCCCAUUGCUUGAAUGCCUGUCUAGCAUUGCAACUGCCCUGCAAUCGGGCUUUCUGCCCUAUUGUGAUCCUGUCUAUAGAAGAUGCAUAUCGCUCAUUGAGCAGACAAUCAAUCAGGAGAUGCUCUGCAAGCAAAAUCACACAUUUGAUCAUCCCGAUAAAGAACGCAUGAUUGUUGCUCUGGAUUUACUCUCUGGCCUGGCCGAGGGUUUGGACAGACACAUUGAAACUCUGGUAGCUAAUAGCAAUAUUAUGCAUCUGCUUUACCAGUGCAUGCAGGAUGUUCUGCCGGAAGUGCGCCAAUCCUCAUUUGCUCUGCUCGGUGAUUUGACUAAAGCCUGUUUUCCACAUGUGCAUCCGUUUAUGGCCGAGUUCUUUCCCAUAUUGGGUCAGAAUUUGAAUCCCGAUUUUAUUUCGGUCUGCAACAAUGCGACAUGGGCUAUUGGCGAAAUAUGCAUGAAAUUGGGGGAGGAAACUAAGCAAUACAUACACCUUGUACUAACCGAUCUCUUCAUCAUCAUCAAUCGCCCGAAUACGCCCAAAACGCUGCUGGAGAAUACAGCAAUAACAAUCGGUCGUCUAGGUUAUGUGUGCCCAGUUGAAGUGGCUCCUUAUUUGCCCGAAUUUGUACGACAGUGGUGCACAUCGCUGCGUCACAUACGAGAUAACGACGAAAAGGACUCGGCUUUCCGUGGCAUGUGCCACAUGAUCACCGUGAAUCCAGCUGGCGUUGUGCCUGACUUUAUAUUCUUCUGCGAUGCAAUAGCAUCAUGGGUAAAUCCGCCACAAGAUCUGCAUCAAAUGAUACAAAAGAUAUUACACGGCUUCAAGACACAAGUUGGUGAAGAGAAUUGGCGUCGAUUUGUUGAUCAAUUCCCGCCAACUCUAGCCGAACGUUUGGUUACAAUGUACAACAUAUAAGGUGGCAUUGGCUUCACGAACAGUCCACAUACCACACCCAUAAGCAACUUAUUAACUAGACAAUUAUGUUUAUGUAUGCAAGUAAGCGUGUCGUCGUCUUUAAACUUAGUGUAAGCACAGUUAGCAGACAAAUGUUUAAUUAGGCUUAUUCGAUGCAGUUCGAAUAAUUCAAUUACAUUAAUUUUUGGAAUUUCAACUUAUAAAGUCAACUACAAAACGCCGAAAAAGCAAACAGCAAACUAAUACAAUACAUUUACAAAUUACACAUAUAUAACUACAUAACAUUUAACCCAAAUAGGUAUAUCAUCAUGUACAUAUAUAUAUAUAUAUCCUAUAGAUAUAUAUAUGUAUAUGUAUAUAUAUAUUUACAUCAAAAGUAGGAUUCUCUUGUAUCUGGAUAUAAAUUGUCAGUCUUACUCCGCAGUAGCCAAUUCUUUAUAUUUUGCAUACUCCCAUUGCAAAUCAAAUUAUACUUAAAUACAUUUGCGUUCCGGCUGUACUUAUACCGGAACCAGUGCUAUAGCUAUAGAAAACACAUAAAACACAUACUCCCAAACAAGCUCUAGGAAAUGCUAUUCACACAACAAUAACCAGUUGAAUAUGCUUAUUUACUGUGUUUACUUAUCGCUAAUUAUUGGUAAUUUUAAUUUCAACGUAAGCUAAAAAUGAUAUUGCGGUCCGUCUCGCGUAUAUUAUAAUAUGAUAUAAUAAUGAUAUAACGUAAAUCAAAGCAACAAUCGUAACCGGUAACCAAAUAAAAAAAGUAGUUGGGCUAAUUGUGAACUGAAAAUCAAAAGAAACGUGUGCUAAAAUAUUAAACAAAAUUCUGCAAAAAUAUAACAAAUAUUUAAUAUCAACAAAGACUGAUGGCUUACAAAAAAAAAAACUCCGUUCAAUACCAUAGACAUGCAUUCAUCAUCUGCCGAAUGAUUUUCACAACUAUACCCAACACUUUCAAUAAUAGAAAAUAUAUAAAAAUAUCGUCGCGUCUCGGGUUUCGGGUUCGGGUUUUACGGUUUCGCGUUCGCGUAUUAUCGUCGCUCGUUCGUUCGCUCGUAUAUCGUAUCGUAUCGUAUAUCGUCGGGUAAUAAAACUAAAGAAAAAACUAAUAAAUAAUAAGAGUGCAACUGUUACUGAUACAAAUUUACUUAUAAUGUAUACGACUUGAUAUUUAUAUGCUAUGCAAUUUAGAGAAUUUUUUUGUUUUUGUUAAAUUAACAAUAUGAGAUUAGAAUUCCGUUAAAUAUGAUAUUUAUUUUGUGCGAUCCUUAAGAAAUGUAAAAAAAAAGAAGAAAAAACCAAGCAACUGAUUGACUGAUUCAAUUUUUAAAGUAUUAUAUAAUUUUUGUAUAGGAACAUAUUUAAAUAUUUUUUUUCUCCGACUUUUGCUAUAACUUGCAUAGACUUGUUUUGGCGUUUCCUCUGGUACGCGUUACCUUAUUAUUUAUGAUGUAUGUACAGAACAAAUUUUUAACGAUUAGGUGUAAAGUGUACUACUUAACGGAAAACAAAAGUCUUUGAAAUUGUCGCGGAUCAAUACCUAAAAAAAAAAACAAACUUAACUCAAAUCAACUCAAAAAACAAAGUAAAUCUAAGUAAUAGUAUUAAUUAUAUGCAAACUGUUAAGCACAGUUUGUAAUUUUAUUUCCUUUUGAAAAACAAACAAAAAAUAAGAAAACAGGGGGAACGUGUGAUAAUAAUGUAACUUCGGGUCGUUCGUUCGCGUCGCGUGAAAACUAAAUACAAUAUAUAUAAAAUAAACAAUACGGGACUUUCGCCCCCGAGUCCCCAAUAACAUGGAAUCAAACAUAUAACUGAAAACUCAAAAUAACUGAAAGCAAAAGCAAAACUAAAACUAAAAGAAAAAUCGUGAUUUCGUUGUACCUUAAACCGAAUUCAUCGCGGAAUUUCGGUCGCGUUCGCGUGCGUUUGUAUCUCUCUCGGGUGAUCUUAGUGAUUAGCGAUUAAGCAGUAAAAAUAUUAAAAACAAAAAGUAUAAAUUUAAUAAAAAGCAACAAUUACACACACACACACACUCACACACAUACAUACACAUACAAACACCUAAUACAUAGAAUAUAUACAUAGGCAUAUAUAAUAUUUCUAGGUUAUGCAUACUAGGUUUUCAUUCAAACUAUUCAUUUCAUUCAAAACAGUAAAACCAGAAAUAAUAUAAAAAUUUCUUGGUUUCUAUAUGAGAAUUCUGUUUAGAACACACACUAACACAUACAACCAAGCACACCGGCAAUUUUAAACGGAACUCUUAGGUGUAUAACCCUGUCAGAAUUUUUGUUUGCAAAUUAAUUUCUUCCUGUAAACUUCACACUAUCGAAACGACACAAUUUUAUUACAAAAACAUAUGUACAACACAUGUAUAUAUGUAUACCAAAAUAAUUAAUGUAUAAACUAUAGCAAGUCCUUUACACAAUAUGAAUAUGUAAACGAUGAAAAGCACACGGCAGUGUCAAUAGAAUAUUGGAAAUGCUAGAAUGCAUGGAUUCCAAUCGACUGAAAUUUGAACAAUUGUCAAGUUCUAUUGUCACUCUGCUAAAAGCUGAAACUUGCGCAUUCAAUGUUCUCUAAGGAGACAUGUGUAACCUAAUCAGAAACUUGAAUAAAUAUGUAUGUAUAACAUAA